AGGCGGCCAACGUGCGCGCUCGGGGUUUCCGUUGUAAAGUCGUGUCUCGAGCGGGAGCGGGAUGGACGAUGAAGAGGAGACUUAUCGCUUGUGGAAGAUCCGCAAAACCAUCAUGCAGCUUUGCCAUGAUCGUGGAUAUUUGGUGACACAAGAUGAAUUGGAUCAGACACUGGAAGAAUUUAGGGGUCAAUUUGGAGAUAAGCCAAGUGAAGGGCGGCCACGACGUUCAGACCUUACUGUGCUUGUUGCUCAUAAUGAUGAUCCCACUGAUCAGAUGUUCGUUUUCUUUCCAGAGGAGCCAAAAGUUGGGAUCAAAACCAUUAAAAUGUAUUGUCAACGCAUGCAGGAAGAAAAUAUUACCAGAGCCAUCAUUGUGGUACAACAAGGGAUGACCCCAUCAGCAAAGCAGUCUCUUGUUGACAUGGCUCCUAAGUAUAUCCUUGAGCAAUUCCUUCAACAGGAACUUCUAAUUAACAUUACAGAACACGAGCUUGUUCCAGAGCACAUAGUCAUGACCAAGGAGGAAGUUACAGAGCUACUGGCACGAUAUAAGUUAAAGGAGAGCCAGUUGCCAAGAAUACAAGCAGGUGAUCCAGUGGCACGAUACUUUGGAUUGAAAAGAGGGCAGGUGGUUAAGAUUAUAAGACCUAGUGAGACUGCAGGAAGAUACAUUACGUACAGACUUGUGCAGUGAAACACGCUGUAUGAAACUGGCAUCAACCACAAGGCAAACAUUGAAAACUUCAAGUUGUUGCUGCUUUUUACUGACUCUUGAUUUGAUCAAUGGAUGGUCUUUCAGUUCAUGGUUAAUUUUUAUCAAUAAACAUUUUCAUAAAAGCAA